AGGCUUUGUCUUUUAUCAAACACACGCUCGACAACACUCUCACAUCCCAAAGCCCUAAUCUCUGUAAACCUAAAAUCCCCAAUCUCCUCUCUUUAGCUUACGCACAUACAGAGACAGCCAUGGCUCUAGUGAGACCUGGAUCAGGGUCAGCCCAGCCGGCGAAGCUUCGAUGGGGAGAGCUCGAAGAGGACGACGGCGAGGAUCUGGACUUCCUCCUGCCGCCGAAGCAGGUGAUUGGGCCGGACGAGAACGGGAUCAAGAAGGUAAUAGAGUACAAGUUCAAUGAGGACGGCAAUAAGGUCAAGAUCACGACCACGACCCGGACUCGGAAACUCGCCAACGCUCGACUUAGUAAGCGGGCCGUGGAGCGCCGCUCCUGGCCUAAGUUCGGCGACGCCGUGCAUGAGGACGUCGGUGCCAGGCUAACCAUGGUCUCCACUGAAGAGAUCCUCCUUGAGCGCCCCAGGGCUCCUGGUAGCAAGGCAGAAGAACCAAAGGCUGGAGGAGACUCUUUGGCUCAACUCGGAAAAGGAGGGGCUGCUCUCAAACUUUGUAGGACUUGUGGUAAGAAGGGUGACCACUGGACUUCACAGUGCCCAUAUAAGGAUCUCGCCCCACAGGCUGAAGCAUUCAGUGAUAAGCCUCCUACAUCAGAUGCAGCAACUGGAGCUGCUGGAACUGGUAAGUAUGUUCCUCCAAGCGUGAGAGCAGGGGCAGACAGAACUGGAUCUGAUAUGAGACGAAGGAAUGAUGAGAACUCUGUUCGUGUCACCAACCUUUCAGAGGACACACGGGAGCCUGACUUGCUUGAACUUUUCCGGCCUUUUGGGGCUGUAAGCCGUGUUUACGUUGCUCUUGAUAAGAAUACGUCCAUUAGCAGAGGAUUUGGGUUUGUCAACUUUGUGAACAGGGAAGAUGCCCAGAGAGCAAUCAACAAGCUGAAUGGGUACGGUUAUGACAAUCUCAUCCUCAGGGUUGAAUGGGCCACACCCAGGACAAAUUAGACCCUUCUUACCCCUCUGUUUUCUUAAUCUUAUAAAGAUAUUUGCAUUAAGAAUGUUUUGUAGGAUUUUGGUCCUACAAUGUUUUUGUCCAGAUGCUUUGUCGAAAUUUUUUGUUCAAGAUUUUGUUGCUCUAAAUGGUUAUUAAAGUUGCUUGUGCGAGUACUAAUGAUUAAUAUGAGUUGCUUCCUGCAAAG